AUGAAUGGUGUGUGCUCAACUGCUACAACAUGCAGGACUGAUCCCUGAUUGGUUAUGGGUUCGUCCAGAAUAAACACUCUCAGAGUAUAUAUAUAUAUAUAUUGUGGAAGGUGUGACAGUUCCAAGAAACGAGAACACUGAAAAGUUCCAAGUUUCCAACAACUUACGCAAAUACAUUAAUUCGUGUUGAGCGCCAAGUGCCCCAGUAUAUAUUCUUUAUUAGCCUAUUGCAGCUUGAGAAUGAGGGCACAAAUCCAAAAGGUACCACAGAUAGUCGAAUUGUUAAAAAAUAAAACGGUUGGAUUGCAGCACUUCAAGCCAACAUCUUCAGUGUGCGUCCUGGACCCGAAGGAUGCUGCGGUGGUUGCGCCUUGUCGACAAAGUCUUCCCUCGCAGACUCAGAGCCUUUAUUCGAUACCUGGACCCACCAAUUGGCCGUUAUUUGGCAGUUUGAUAGAACUACUCCGCAAAGGAGGGCUGCAAAGACAACAUGAUGCAUUGGUAAAUGAUAAAACAAUUAUUAAAAUUAGGCUAUAAGAAUAAUAAGAUUAAGCAUUGACAAGAAAAUAUAAUUUUGACAGAGAAAAAAUAUUCAAAUGUUAAUUUCGUUUUAAUAAAUAAUCAAAACUGUUUUGGGUGAAUUAAAUGUAUUGUGUCUGAUAUUUAUUUAUUUUAGAUCCAUUACCAUAAGAAAUUCGGCAAGAUUUUCCGGAUGAAACUCGGCUCCUUUGAAUCGGUCCAUAUUGGCGCUCCUUGCUUGCUGGAGGCGCUCUACAGAAAGGAGAGCGCUUACCCGCAGCGUCUGGAGAUCAAACCCUGGAAAGCAUACCGAGACUUCAGAGACGAGGCAUAUGGACUUCUCAUUCUGUAAGUAGCACUUUUCAAUAUCAGUAUGAUAUCAAGCUAUUUUGUUAGCAGAAAUAUACAGAUAAAAUAACUAAUAUUUUUUCCUCAUGAUUUUUAGGGAAGGGGAAGACUGGCAGAGGGUGAGAAGCGCAUUUCAGCAGAAAUUGAUGAAACCCACCGAAGUCGCGAAACUUGAUGGAAAAAUAAAUCAGGUUUGUAAGAUAAUUUCUCUGCGGUAAAACAACACAGUUCAACGUGAAUUUGAUCAAAGAAUGUCUGGUAUUUACUGUCAUUUUGUCUCCAAAAUGUAGGUGUUGGCGGAUUUCGUUAGUAGAAUUGGACAAAUGACUGACAAUGGACGAUUUGAGGACUUGUACUUCGAAUUGAAUAAAUGGUCAAUGGAGAGUAAGUAGCCUAUUGGACGAUUAGGCUAUAAAUAAAUAAGAUAUUUGUAGCGAGAUAUCAAUUGUUUCUUAUAUGUAAUUCAGAUGUAUUAAAUCAAUUACAUUAUUCUAAUGAUAAUUUCAUUGUUUAAAAAAACACAAUUUAGUAAACCUCUUAUUAGAUUGAAUACACAUUAUAAUUGAUUUGUUACUCAGGAAGAGUUAGUUAAUUCAUAAAUUAAUUAAUGUUAAUCAAUUAAUGUUUUCAAUGUUGUAUGAUCUAAUUAUUUAUCCUCCUUAUGCUUACAGCCAUUUGCUUAGUGCUCUAUGACAAACGAUUCGGACUUCUGCAUGACAAUGUCAACGAGGAGGCUAUGACCUUUAUCACGUCCAUAAAGACAGUAAGUGGUUAUUGAUUUUACACAUCGAAUUACUAUUACAGCUGAAGACCCCCGACUUGAUAACCUUAGUGAUCUUUCUGGAGUGUUGUGGAGUAGUGAACUACAUCUAUUUCAACUAGUCAUUUAACUAGAUUUUGCAGUAGCUUGGUGGCAGUUGAACUAAAUAAAAUUAGUUUUCAAUAAUUAAUUACUUUUUUGCCAUGUAGUGUGUAGCUAACUACUGGAACGACACACUACUUUUUGUGAAAUAGGCAAUCAUUUCAGACCUGUCUAAUUCUCAUUCUGACUUUAGUUAAUUAAACUAUAUUUUUCUUAAGGGUAGCUUUAAUGUAGCUUAACUUCUUUCAGUGUGAAGUAAUUGGUAGCUUGGUAAACUAUAUUUUUAAGAGUAGCUUCCCCAACACUGUUUUUUUUAUUGACACGGUUAGAUUGCGCGCUCGCGCUCUGAGCCUAUAGAAAGAGUGCAGGUCAUUGAGUUCACUUGAGUGAGUGGGAUAUAAUCACCACUGCGACAGUUACUGAUGUAGCAAUAGACUAUCUGACUCUCGGCUCGGGGCUGGCAGUAAAUUACUGGAACAAACCAAUAUAACAUGCAGGAGAUAAAAACAUCAUAAAAAAGGUCAUUAAAAAAAAUGGUUGUUAUAGUAACCAUGGUCAUGUGCUAUAAGUUGACAUUGAAAUAUGUAGGAAGAAUUUGGAAAUGACUGGUUACUUGCAACAAGGCAUUCUUACUGUAUGUCUUUAUUUGAUUGUUACAUUUCAAGUCUCUCUUUCUCUCUCUCUCUCUCUCUAUAUAUAUAUAUAUGUGUAGAUGAUGAGCACAUUUGGCAUGAUGAUGGUCACGCCAGUGGAGCUCCACAAAAAACUGAACACCAAAACAUGGCAGGACCACACUAUGGCGUGGGACCGUAUAUUCAGCACAGGUACAAACAACCCCCUCUAAAACCUCUUCAAUGCUCUCGACUCUCGCUUCCAACUCCCCUCCCCAUUCCUCUAAAGUAACCUCCCCUCCAUGUCUCCUCUGUCCCCCCUGAAAGCUCAAUGGCCCCUGCUCUGUCUCCCAACCACCCCGCUAAAGCAACCCCAUCCUCUUUCCCCCUUUUUAAAACCACAACCUCCAGUCAAGCAACCCCCAAAACCCCACCACCCCCCCCACCCACCCCCACUAAAAACCCGCAAAAAAAAACCAAAAGAAAAACAAAAACCACCCCACACCACAACCAAAAAACCACCCCCCAAAAAGCCCAAAACCCACAACACAACACCCCCAAACCCCACACAAUCCACCCCCCACUAACACCACCCCACCCCCAACCCCCCAACCCCCACAACCACCACCCACACCCCACCACCCACCCACACCCCAACACCCACCCACCACCCCACACACCCACCCCACCCCCACCCCACCCCCACCCCCACCCCCCCCCACACCCCACCCCCCCCCACCCCCACCCCCGCUCUCACCUUCCCAACUGCCCUCCCUCUAAAGUAACCUCCUCUCCAUGUCCUCUCUCCCCCUGAUGAAACCUCUCAGCCUGCCACAUUCACUUUAAACCCCUCCCUAGGCACCCCCCAAUCCCUCCAACACAGCGCGUGCUCUGCAGCUCUUUCUCCAGAUGACGUAUGACUCACAAACUGCUUUGAGCACAUUUCCAGUCAGGUGAUAGGAGAGAGAGCGAGAGAUAUGAACCGGGUGCCUCUGUGAUCAAUGCACUUGGCUCUCCCCCUCUUACGCGACACAGCCAGAGUGGUAGUAAACCGGAUGACCUAAGGGGGAGAAGUCUCCCAAAUAUUUGUAAUAGUGGGAGGGAUGGCGGGAUGGAUGGAUGGCUGGAGGGGAGGGGGGAGGAGGAGAAGGGGGGAGUGGAAUGUUGGCUCAGGACAUUGCUACUGAUCGUUUGUUGUGCUGCUUGCUUGGCAGUGGUUUGCAGGCACCUGUCCCCCUCUCUUACACACACACACACACACACACACACACACACACACACACACACACACACACACACACACAUACACACACACACACACGCCACUGGCAUAGCACACCACCCAAGGCGGGGGGGGGGGGGGCAGAUAGAAUAUGAACACAUCAUAAGCCAUUAAUUAUACUUUUUUUAAUUACAGUAAAUUAGCUUUAAAACUGCAAAAUUUUCUCUCAGUCUCAUGGCAAAAUGGGCAGGAAAUUAGCUCAGGGAUUCUUGAAAGCCGGUACAAUCCUUGUCCAGCAGGGAAACUUUAUUUUGACAGUUAAAAAAAAAAUGAUUUUGUUGCAUUAUUUGAGCUUAAAAUUUACAUUUACAGGAAUUUUAUGAGGGAAAAUAUUUGUUUUGGGAAUUUUCUGAAUACUUUCAAUAUUAUUAAUUUCCAUGUCGGUUCUAUGCCUUGAAAUGCCCUUGUCCGGAGCAAAAUAUUCCAAUUUCAAAUAAUGGAUAUUAGCUGAAAAAUGAUCUUAUGUUGUUUCUUGUAAUAGCCCUCUGUGACUUUAAAAAAUAUUUAUCUAAAAACUGUAGUUCCUAAAAGAUGUGUCUGGAGAUUUAGUGAACUCCGUCAGAUUGGUCGAAAAUCCUAAAUGAAUCAGGAAUGAGCAGGGUCAGCUAUUCCAUUAGGACCCCUUCUUCAUGUCCUCAUUACAUGUAGUGGAAGUUCUCUACUUUUUAUAGAUUUAAACAAUCAGAAUGACCAUGGUCACAACAAUAAACUGCCAACGCUAUCUGCCUGAUAGAUUAAGAUUGAAUGUGAAUUAUGGUUAAAAUAUGUUACAUUUAAUUUGGCUUUAGAGUUAUAAAGCAACUGAGGAAGAACUAAAUUGCUACUGUGUAUACCACUUGAAUGAAGAAGAUGAUAUAUAUUUUUUGUCAAAAUGUUGUCUAACGUCAACUCAACUCAACUUGGGGAUUUUCAAAUGAAUCAUUUUCAUUUUCCAUAUUUUACAAAUGUUUGUAUGUUGUGCUUGUGGCUAAGUUCAGGAGAUAAAAGGUGUUUGAGGGCUUUUGAAAGUAGCAAUAGGGAGUGGAAGUGAGUGAGGUCAUUUUAUGGCUUGUUUACUAUAGACUUCAUGUUUGUAGACGUUUACAAUUGUCAUUGUUUUACGACAGGUUACAGCUUUCCUCAAAUGGAAUCCAUGUUUUGGUGGAUAAAGUUGACCUUUAGAAUGGCUUUAAAAAUUGACAAUAUGUAAAGUCAUUGUUACCUAGUCUUAUACUGUAUAUAUCAAUCAGUUCAUUAUUUCACAUUUGUCUCUUGUUGUUGUCUCCAGCCAAAGUCUACAUAGACAAGAACAUAAAGAGCCACGCAGACGCAACAGGGCCCAGUGACGACUUUCUGUGUGACAUCUACCGCCACAGUCACCUGUCCAAGAAGGAGCUGUACGCCGCCAUCACAGAGCUCCAGAUCGGAGGAGUAGAGACGGUAAGGAUCAGUUGACAAAUGUAACAGAGAUGGUUCGGUGAACCACGCUCGCAUGAUGAGUAUCCUUGCUAAUAAUUUAGCUUCACAACAUUGAAGUGUGAUAGGCCUCCAGUUUUUUUAGGUGAACUGUGUUGAGUAAUGUUGCUUGAGACCUGAAGACUUGCUUUAUGCCUAGGCGUUAGCUUAGCGGGCUAACAGUCUUGAGACCUGGGUUCGAAUCUUGGUCUGUCAAACAACGAUAGGGCCAGACUUAUCCUUCACUUGCACCAGCACCUAUUUCACUAUUCUAUUUUCCUUUAUUUUCCUUCAUUCCUUACUUUGACCUUUUUUAUUCUACGUUUGAAGUCCCUCCCUGUGAGAGAAGAAACAAACAGGUGGUUCAAAGGUCAUUUGGUCUGCUGUCCGGAUGUGACCGAAAUGGCCUUGAGGAACCCCACGCAUUCCUCAGCUCCAUUAACUGUAGGACCCCUCUAUGGAAUUCAGUUCAUAGUAUCUCUCUGACUGAGUCUGACCUCUCUCUCUCUCUCUCUCUCUCUCUCUCUCUCUCUCUCUCUCUCUCUCUCUCUCUCUCUCUCUCUCUCUCUCUCUCUCUCUCUCUCUCUCUCUCUAUCUCUAUCUCUCUAUCUCUCUCUCUGUUGAUGUUUUCUAGACUGCCAACAGCUUGCUGUGGGCUAUUUUCAACCUCUCCCGUAACCCCUGCGCUCAGGGGAAGCUGCUCCAGGAAAUCAGAGAGGUUCUCCCUGCCAAUCAGAGUCCCAGUGCUGAGCACCUCCAGAGAAUGCCCUACCUCAAGGCCUGCCUCAAGGAGUCCAUGAGGUACAGUAAGAUCAAUCAAUCAAUGAAAUUGUACACAGACUGUACAGUAUGUCACUCAAACACAAUUGCAAAACACAUUUGGUAGGUUAGGCUAGCUAUAUCCCUCAGGUCUUAAUCUGAAAUAGCCAUACAGUUGCAGAUACUGACAGAGUAUCAAUUGAGUAGUUACGUAAUGUCGAACCACCCAUUCCCUCUGUAAUUCAAAAACAACUGUAGGCUACGCAGGAAUACCUGAAAAACAAGCAAUUUACAGUGAGAUAACUAGUUAUGACUAUUGGGAUGACCAUUCACUCCAGUUUACAGUGAGAUAACUAGUUAUGACUACUGGGACGCCAAUUCACUCCAGUUUAUAGUGACAUAACUAGGUAUGACUACUGGGACGACCAUUCACUCCAGUUUAUAGUGAGGUAACUAGGUAUGACUACUGGGACAACCAUUCACUCCAGUUUAUAGUGAGGUAACUAGGUAUGACUACUGGGACGACCAUUCACUCCAGUUUAUAGCGAGGUAACUAGGUAUGACUACUGGGAUGACCAUUCACUCCAGUUUAUAGUGAGGUAACUAGGUAUGACUACUGGGACGACCAUUCACUCCAGUUUAUAGCGAGGUAACUAGGUAUGACUACUGGGAUGACCAUUCACUCCAGUUUAUAGCGAGGUAACUAGGUAUGACUACUGGGAUGACCAUUCACUCCAGUUUAUAGCGAGGUAACUAGGUAUGACUACUGGGAUGACCAUUCACUCCAGUUUAUAGUGAGGUAACUAGGUAUGACUACUGGGACGACCAUUCACUCCAGUUUAUAGCGAGGUAACUAGGUAUGACUACUGGGAUGACCAUUCACUCCAGUUUAUAGUGAGAUAAAUAGGUAUGACUACAGGGACGACCAUUCACUCCAGUUUAUAGUUUAAAAACUAGGUAUGACUACUGGGACGACCAUUCACUCCAGUUUAUAGUGAGGUAACUAGGUAUGACUACAGGGACGACCAUUCACUCCAGUUUAUAGUUUAAAAACUAGGUAUGACUACUGGGACGACCAUUCACUCCAGUUUAUAGUGAGAUAAUUAGGUAUGACUACUGGGACGACCAUUCACUCCAUUUUAUAGUGAGGUAACUAGGUAUGACUAUUGGGACGACCAUUUACUCCAGUUUACAGUGAGGUAACUAGGUAUGACUACUGGGACGACCAUUCACUCCAGUUUAUAGCGAGGUAACUAGGUAUGACUAUUGGGACGACCAUUCACUCCAGUUUACAGUGAGAUAACUAGUUAUGACUAUUGGGAGAACCAUUCACUCCAGUUUAUAGUGAGGUAACUAGGUAUGACUACUGGGACGACCAUUCACUCCAGUUUAUAGCGAGGUAACUAGGUAUGACUAUUGGGACGACCAUUCACUCCAGUUUACAGUGAGAUAACUAGGUAUGACUACUGGGACGACCAUUAACUCCAGUUUAUAGUGAGGUAACUAGGCAUGACUACUGGGAUGACCAUUCAAUCCAGUUUACAGUGAGGUAACUAAGUAUGACUACUGGGAUGACCAUUCACUCCAGUUUAUAGCGAGGUAACUAGGUAUGACUAUUGGGACGACCAUUCACUCCAGUUUACAGUGAGAUAACUAGUUAUGACUACUGGGAUGACCAUUCACUCCAGUUUAUAGCGAGGUAACUAGGUAUGACUAUUGGGACGACCAUUCACUCCAGUUUACAGUGAGUUAACUAGUUAUGACUACUGGGACGACCAUUCACACCAGUUUAUAGUGAGGUAACUAGGUAUGACUAUUGGGACGACCAUUCACUCCAGUUUACAGUGAGGUAACUAGGUAUGACUACAGGGACGACCAUUCACUCCAGUUUAUAGUGAGGUAACUAGGUACAGAGCUGCAGGAAGUAGGGUUGCUGAAAAAUCCUAUUCAAAUACAAAAAAAAUAGAUUUUGUUUUUUUGGGGGGGGGGGGGGGGUUAUUAUAAUAAUUUAUUCACAAAAGUAGUUCACUGGGCCUUUACUACAUCUGUAUUAGCGGACCGAUACAGCCCUCUGCAGCAAAAAUUCUGCACCCCUCCUCCCUGUCCCCCAAGUCGGCGAAAAAAUCACAGCACCUCCACCCCCAAACAUCUUCCCGCGGCUAUGAGUAGGUAUGACUACUAGGACGACCAUUCACUCCAGCUUAUAGCAACAACAGUAGGGUCACGUUGUUGUCCAUAAAUACCCUAGUACUACUACACCGAUAAUAACACCCAAUCUCGUGAUGAUGUCACAAGAGUUUGAAACUAACAUGUGUUUUGAAAGGUUAAUGUGGAAACUCACACAGAGAAUGCUUAUGACGUUUGACAGGGGAUUAGCUAUAUUUCCUUUCAACUUGCCUUUUGAAAUGGUUUGAGUAUGUUUAACUGAUCCUAAAGAGCUUAUAUGUAUAUAUAUCCCCUUGCUUCAAGGCUAUAUUCCCAAGCACUGUUUUCAAAUUCCUGCAGGUUAUCGCCGUCAGUUCCCUUCACGAGUCGGACCUUAGACAAAGACACUGUGUUAGGGGAUUACUCCAUUCCCAAAGGGGUAAGUGGAUUACUUCGCUUUCCCUCAUUUAAGAGCACAUGUUUGGGCGAUUACAGUCUCGGAUCAAUUAACAUGUACAUUUGAUUGAUGUCUAAUCAAGAUUUUUUUGUUUUUCAUUUGCAGACAGUGUUGAUGAUCAACAGCCAUGCUCUGGGUGCUAAUGAGGAGUACUUUGAGCACAGUAGCCUCUUUAAGCCAGAGCGUUGGUUAAGAGAGAGCAGCACCAUCAACCCCUUUGCCCAUGUGCCGUUUGGCAUUGGGAAGAGGAUGUGCAUCGGACGGCGUCUGGCAGAGCUACAACUGCAGUUGGCACUCUGCUGGGUAAGAACAACCAGCUGUGCCCCCAAAAUGACCGCCAAGUCGCCAACAUUGUAA